AUGGAAAGUGUACCAACAAAAGGGGCAACGAUCCGAUGCCAGAGACGGGAGCCCGUGGAUCAUGCACCUGUCAUCCGCAAACGCAGAGCAAACUUGACAUUCUGUAUUCGGGAAUCCAUUGACCACAUUUCGCUUGAGUCGAUUGCCCAUCAUCGACCGGCCCUGUCAAUAGCAGCAUCGCCAGUUUCCGUAUCCACCAAGCACGUCCCAACAAGAAUCAAUCCAAGCACGCCAGGCAAAGGCAAGCCAAGCCCAGGUUUGACAAGCAAACAGGCUGACAGGGUCCCCUCUGACAGAAGUCGAGGACGCCCCGGUACUGGGCCGGUUGCCGCCGAAGCUGUCGCUCACCCGUGUCAUCGCUACAAUGCGCCGGGACAUGUUAUCAACCUAGGUAAACUGGAAUUCCACGGUUCCAAAAUCCAACGGCCCAAGCGACGACCAUCCCACCGGUUCCCCCAAGAUAGAAACUUUGGUACAGAUGCAAUUGGCGUCUAUCGCCGGAGCCUGAACAUGGCACGCAUGACAUCUGGCGCCGCAAUGUCUCACAAGACGAGGUUCGAAGACGGUACACGGCACGCUGCUGCUGCGAAGUCUAAUUCAACUUGCUGA